AUGUCUGGCCACGCCCCCGCGUCGGUCCCGUCGCCUUAUGGCCACGCCCACCGCGCGCCCACGGCGGCGCUGCGCGUGCUCGGGCGCGCGGGGGCGGGCGGGGCCGGGGCGCGCAGGGAGGUGAUUACUGAAUUGCAAAAUCACAGAAUCAGGUGCAGUGCAGCCUCUCCCCUGUCCGGCGAUGAGCUGGGUGGGGGAGGAAAACACCAUGUGGCCGUCGGAGAAUGCAAUAUAGAUCUUUCUAUAGCAAUUGAUAUUUCAAGGAGUAUGCAGCCAGCAGCCACAAUGCUUCUGAAACAGAGACUGCAAGCAUUCCUUCCUAGACUUCUACUCCAGAUGAAAUCACUGCCAAAUACCAGCUGCAAUGCUCCAGUCGAAAUUGGGUUCAAGUUUCAAGUGUUGGCACAGAAUAGACAAUUAAUCUUUGACUCUGGUUUUGAAGACUAUAAUGAAGAGAUCAUCCAGAAGUUCUUAGGUGCACAGACCACUGUGGACACCUACAUGAAUGCAGACUUUUUGCAGGCACUCGAGGAGAACUUCUUUAAUGUGACCUCUGCUAAAGUUAAGGUUCUGUUAGUAUUUUCAGAUGGGCUCGAUGGUUCACUGGAAGACCUGAAGAAAGCAGCAGACUCACUUCGCUUUAAAGGUCUUGAUGCACUUCUAUUAGUCGGCCUGGACAAUACACAGAACUUGACUGAAUUUUGGGAAAUAGAGUUUGGCAGAGGGUUUGGAUACAAGGAACCUCUGAGUGUUGGGUUUGCAGAUAUUGCAAAUAUUUUGCAGAGAAAUCUUGAUACUGUUGCAGAGAGAAAAUGCUGUAAGGUUAUUUGUAAGUGUCUUGGAGAAAAUGGUGAUCAUGGUGUCCGGGGAAAUCCUGGAAGGAAGGGAAGUACAGGUUACAGAGGAUCUCCUGGCCAUCCUGGUGAGGAAGGUGGGAUUGGGGAGAGAGGCCCAGCUGGUUUCAGUGGGACUCAAGGAGACAGGGGAUGUCCAGGUGUCAGAGGCCAUAAGGCAAGUCUGUAA